GCCAUAUGAUCAAUAAAAACCCCACCAUUCUGAUUGCAUUAAUGUAACCCAUCAGUAGAUUUAGAAUCACGUCCAACAAGCUCCUGAAUUAUUAGUUUUCAUACAAAAUUACGUACAAAUAAAUGAUCAACCAGGUGAUUCUGCGUUUUGUUUUAAAUUUAUAGGUGCCUGACACCUAGUGGCCACGGGAAGAAUCUAAGGCAACUUUGCACACAAAUGGUAUAUCUUUUGGCAAGCCGUUGGUGAAUAUAUUAGUUAUCCUCAAGGGCCAUAUUAUGGUAGUAGUUUGUGAUGUCACUGCAAAAGUUGACCAUUAGAUUCCACGCUAGUUAGAAAGCAAAAUCACCUAUGAAGAAGUCUGCCAACAAAUGACACUUUUGUUCAAAUAUUAAAGGCACAAUUCGUAAAAUGACACCGUCAGGGUGAGGAGGAGGAGAUUUUUAAAUUCGAACGGCUGUUGCUCACUCCCCCGCCCUUCCUGAAAGAGCCGAAAGCCACACCUCAUGUGCACGCGCAGGAAAAGCAGAGUCAACACCAGAGCAGCAUGGGAGGCGAGAAACGACCGCGAUCAGCGAAAUUUGUCGCUGUCGCUUUUAUUACCUGUCACACGGGAGGCGAUCCGCGGCAGCGGCCAGCGGCAAAGCCGUCUACGCGUUCUGUUCCAUUGCGAAUUUGAAACUUCCGUUGUUUUGUUUGGCUGUGUCAGGUUGGAGGGAAUUAAGGUUAUUUAAGUGGUUCAGAGUUAAAAAACGUGGUAGAUAUGAUGUUUCACAAGGUGCUGCUAGAGUUAUGUGAAAUCUUACUUCUGAUUUUACUAUAUAAAAAAUAAUAAUAACAACUCAACUUCUCCAUGUUUGCUUGGAGAUGUGCGGAGCAUCCUGUCCGCUCAUUGGUCAGUGAAUGAAACCUCCGUUGAUUGGUCCUCGUCCGAGCUACAGCGAUGAAAAGUUGAAAAUGUUUCAACUUUCUGGGAUCGCGUCGCUGGGUCGUACGUGCACGACACGUGCACGAGUGCAAACUUUCACACGCACGUUUUUCGCGUUUUGCUUAGUAGGAGAGAGACCCGCGAUUAUCGCUUUGUCGCGCAUGUCUCAUUGAAAAUGAAUGGUGGAGAGGCGAUGUCGCCUCCCGUGUGUCGAGCCCAUAAUAGAGCUGAGCUAGUGUUAGCAAUGGAGUUAUCUGAGAGUUCAGUGAUUGAGGAAUCCUCUGAGGAAGAGUUUGAACCUCCCAUUGCAUCCUCAAGACGUGGUGCAAAAAGGAGAUGCCCACCAUCAUCUCAAAGCCGUGGUGCAUCCAGAGGCAGCGGUGCAUCCAGAGGCCGAAGAAGUGCGAGACACUCAGCUGUGGACCUUGGAGAUGAAGAUCUCUCUCGAGUUCGGAAUCUUCGUUCCGAGCGAAUAGACUUUGAACGUCAACACAUACAGAACCUGAACCCUCAGCAGGCUAUUGACAUCCUUACCAUGGUGCUGGACAGAGACCCUGGUGUUCUCUUUGAUGUACUUGCCCUCUCUGGUCCACCUGCCACAACACCUCCAACAUCCAAUCAACCUUCAUGGUGUGUAUGCUCCCACUGCAGAGAUAUGCCAACUGAUUUGGAAAAGAAAUGCUGCCAACAGCCUCCCCAGACAUGUAUUUCAACUGUACCACACAUGGAGGAGUUUAUUCCGCAAAAUGGUGUUCUUCGCCUGGCCAGAACAUUGUGGAAUGAGUUUUGAGCGGUUUAUGAUGACCCGGACCCUGGUGAGGACAACAGACAGUUCCGCCAUGCAGCUUACAGACAAUUUGUAGCAUGGCAGCAUGGAAAACUUGGUGGAGGGCGCAGAGUAGUAAUCCUAAGCUGUGGUCUGGAGGAUAAGGGAAAAAUUCCCUGACCCCAAUGGAAACUACACUGGUUUUAUUCCAAGACGAU